AUGGCCCCAAAGUCUGCUGCAAAGCCUGCGGCUUCCGGUAAAAACGCACCCGCUCCAAAAUCAGCACCUGCUGCAAAGUCUGCUCCCCCCGCCAAGGCGUCUGCACCGAAAAAUGAUCCCAAGAAGAACGCCCCGAAAGCUGCAGCACCCAAACCAGCAGCAACUGCGCCGAAGGCUGCUGCCGCAAAGGAGGCGAAGGCACGCCCCGCUGCCGGCACCCACAACGGUGUGUAUGUGAAGAACUGGGGUCAGGGUUCCGUUACUGACGCCACAAGGAUCUUCAGUGCUGCUGGCAAGGUUGUCAGUGCUCAGAUCCGUCGGCGCCGCUACGCCAUUAUCUUCUUCGAGAACGCCGCAGCCGUGAGGAAGGCGAUUGAUCUAUUCAAUGAAAAGGAGGUACUUGGCGCUAAAGUGACCGUAAGCCCUGCCAAAACCAGCCCGAAGCCUGACCCGCAUGAGGGCUCUUCCGUUGUGUUCCUGUCGCCCAUCUUCCGUACGUCGACAACGAAUGGGCAAAUUCGUGAACUCUUCACCGGUAUGAGAGUUUUGCGCAUUCGGACGUACCGUCAGAACUAUGCUUACGUGUACCUUGACUCGGCUGCUGCAGCGCAGAAGUUUGUGAAGGAGAAGAACGGCACCGAGUUCCGCGGCAAGAAGCUACGUGUGGCUCUUUCAACUCGCUCGCUUCAGAAGGAAAAGGACCGUGCGGAGCGCGCGAACCUCCUCUCGGAUGCCCACAACUUCAAGAAGGAUGCCAAGAAGGACAUCAAGAGGGAUGAUAAGAAGGAUCCAAAGAAGGAUUCAAGGAGGAAUGAAAAGAAGGAUGCCAAGAGGAAGUAA